UAGCGUAAAUGUCAGGAUAUAUACCUUUUAUAACAAUAACAGAAAACAGCAGCGGUGCGUUGUGAUAUUCGUUUCCACAUUUCAUACGGCAAGAGAGCGCAACAUGUAUUUCCUGCGUGAUUCCUGCAUGCAAAGAUAAUGCAUUAUCAGGCCAAGAGACGCGCGAUCUGAUCACGAGUAUGUCUCUUUCGUGAAUUGGGUUUUUAUUUUCGUUUUCACAGAGUGUCAUGUGGAUCUGGGGGGGAAAUCUCGUUCAAUGGUGGUUUGCUUCCUUCCUGAGUCCUGAUGUUCUUCAUCCAUGCGAGGAUUCACCAUGGAAACCCAAAGUGAGCGCUGGUGGACACCAAGACUCGACCCUGCAUUGGAAACACAGCGGCUGAUGGAUGUGUAAACAGCUUCUUGUCGCCUACAUGUCAACGUGCUGAGACCUAGAAAAAGAAAGGCGUCUAGCUGGAAGCGAUUGUUUGAGAGUGCCAAAGUGUCUCCUGUAGACACAAGAGGUGCUGGCAUGAAGUAAACAUGCAUGCAAGAUCUGCUUUAAUGUCUAAACAUGCAGUGCAUGAAAAUCAGGUCUGAUCUUUGUACAUCUCAGGUACGGAUAUCGUUUGGCACAUUUUCGAGGCAUUCAAGCUACCAAGCACAAUGUUUUUUUGAACAUCCAUUGCGUUAAAGAGUACACUGACGCACAAGGAAAUAUAGUUUAGUAUCUUGUCCAAUCGAAUCCCACAAUGCCUCGCAACCGGGCCUUUUCAGAGCCGGAGUAUUCCGUGGAAUAUUCGGCUGACUGUUCGGUCACCCUGCCCUCUGACCCCGGUCAGGCAGUAGGGCGCACUCAUGAGGUGACCGUGCGCAGUUCUGGCUGCUGCCUGUGCUUGCCACGGUUCAUGCGGCUGACCUUUGCACCUGAAUCUCUGGAAAACCUCUACCAGACCUAUUUCCGCCGCCAGCGACACGAGACCCUGCUGGUGCUGGUGGUGUUCGCAGCCCUCUUCGACUGCUACGUCAUCGUGAUGUGCACUGUGCUUUAUUCCAGCGACAAGCUGGCAUCUGUGGCCGUGGCAUCGGUGGGCCUGGCGGCAGACAUCCUGCUGUACUUCCUGUGCCGGUACGGACUGCUCCCAGACCGUGUGUCUCGCCGGCUGGUGCCCUACGCCCUCUGGGUGCUCAUAGCGGCCCAGAUCUUCUGUUACCUAGGACUAAACUUUGCCCGCUUCCAUCAGCCCAGCGACACAGUGGGAUGGCAGGCCUUUUUUAGCUUUUCCUUCUUUCUGACGCUGCCUCUGCGGCUGACCCCUAUAGUGCUCAUCACAGCUGUGUCCUGCGGGGUGCACACCCUGGUGCUGGGCGUCACUAUUGCCCAACAGCAGCAGGAGGACAUUCAGGGGGCAGCUCUUGGAAGACAGUUGCUGGCCAACAUUGUGAUCUACGUAUGUGCCAUCACAGUGGGCGUCAUGUCGUAUUACAUGGCUGACCGCAAACACCGCAAGGCCUUUCUAGAGGCGCGACAGUCCUUGGAGGUGAAGCUGAAUCUGGAGGAGCAGAGUCAGCAGCAGGAGCGCCUCCUGCUAUCCAUCUUGCCCAAGCACAUCGCAGACGAGAUGCUUCAGGACAUGAAAAAAGAAGCCAGUCAGAAAGAGAUGCAGCAGUUCAACACCAUGUACAUGUAUCGCCAUGAGAACGUCAGUAUUCUGUUCGCAGACAUCGUGGGCUUCACACAGCUGUCCUCAUCCUGUAGCGCGCAGGAACUGGUUAAGUUGCUCAACGAAUUGUUUGCCCGUUUUGACAAGCUAGCUGCUAAAUACCACCAGUUGAGAAUUAAGAUUCUCGGGGACUGCUAUUACUGUAUUUGUGGCCUUCCAGAUUACCGUGAUGACCAUGCUGCCUGCUCUAUAAUGAUGGGCUUGGCUAUGGUGGAGGCGAUUUCAUAUGUUCGAGAGAAGACGCAGAAAGAUGUCGACAUGCGUGUCGGGGUGCAUUCUGGGACAGUGUUGGGUGGGGUGCUGGGCCAGAAGCGCUGGCAGUAUGAUGUGUGGUCCACUGAUGUGACAGUAGCCAAUAAGAUGGAGGCAGGAGGGAUACCAGGGCGAGUACACAUCUCCCAGAACACCCUGGAGUGUCUGCAUGGAGAGUUUGAUGUGGAGCCCGGGAACGGGGGAGACCGCUGUGAAUACCUGAAAGAGAGGGGCAUCGAGACAUAUCUGGUGGUGGUGCCAAAGGGACCCGUGGGCAAGAACGGCAUCAAUGGAGUAAAGCUGUCAGUGACGUCAUCUAAUGGGAAUUCUCCUCUACUGAUCAAAACUACAGAGUGUAAUGGUAGUGUCCACACUGCAUGUACCACACCGGAGGAGCCAGAGGAACUGGAUACACGGGUGGUAAAUCCCUCGUUUCCAAACCCUCGCCGUCGGCUGCGUCUGCGUGAUCUGGCUGAAAGAGUGAUUGAUGCUCAGGAGAAUGAACAGGAACUCAAUAAACUCCUCAAUGAAGCUUUGUUGGAGAGAGAGACCGUACAAGCGCUCAAAGGGAAGUACACUAAUCGUCUGUCUCUGCGCUUCACGGAUCCAGAGCUGGAGACGCGCUUCUCUGUUGAGAAAGAGAAGCAGAGUGGAGCGGCGUUCAGCUGCUCAUGUGUGGUGCUGCUCUUCACUGCCAUCAUGGAGGCACUCAUUGACCCCUGGUUGUUAGCAAACUACGUGACUCUGGCAGUGGGGGAAGUCUUGCUUCUUAUUCUCACUAUCUGUUCACUGGCAGCCAUUUUUCCACGGGUAUUUCCAAAGAAAUUGGUGUCGUUCUCCGCGUGGAUUGAUCACACACGCUGGGCCCGCAACACUUGGGCCAUGGCGGCCAUUUUUAUCGUCACAAUGGCAGACAUAGUAGAUAUGCUAAGCUGUCGGCCGCCUCAGCUCUCCACAAACGAUGUGACUGCGGUGCCCCCAACCGCACCAGGAACCAGGGGCUGUCUGGAGAACCCUAAAUACUACAGCUACAUCGCAGUACUCGCACUAAUAGCCACCACCAUGCUGGUGCAGGUCAGCCACAUGGUCAAACUCACGCUCAUGCUACUCAUCACAGUAGCUACAAGUGUGGUCAACAUCUACUGCUGGAGGGACAUCUUCGACACGUACGAUCUGUCUCGCUUUAAGGAAUACAGGGUUUAUCUUGUGCCGUCUAAAUACACUAUGAGUGUCAUGAUCUUCAUUAUGAUGGUCAGCUUCUACUACUUCUCCAGACAUGUUGAGAAGCUGGCUCGCACACUGUUCCUGUGGAAGAUCGAAGUGCACAAGCAGAAGGAGAAGGUGUAUGAGAUGAGAUGGUGGAACGAGGCUCUGGUCACUAAUAUGCUUCCAGAGCAUGUUGCCAGACACUUCCUGGGCUCUAAGAAGAGGGAUGAGGAGCUCUACAGCCAAUCCUAUGAUGAGAUUGGAGUUAUGUUCGCCUCCAUCCCAAACUUCUCUGAUUUCUACACAGAGGAAAGCAUCAACAAUGGCGGGAUCGAGUGUCUGAGGUUCCUCAAUGAAAUCAUUUCCGACUUUGAUAGUCUUUUAGAUGAGCCCCAAUUUCGCUGUAUAACCAAGAUUAAGACCAUCGGCAGUACAUACAUGGCAGCAUCAGGCCUUUCUUCAGACAAUAACACUAACGGUUAUGCCUGCAUGAAGAAAGAAGAGAUUUCUGACAGGGAACGCUGGCAGCACUUGGCAGAUCUGGCUGACUUUGCUCUGGCCAUGAAGGUCACACUCAUGAACAUCAACUAUCAGUCCUUCAAUAACUUCAUGCUCCGCAUCGGGUUGAAUAAAGGAGCUGUUUUGGCUGGAGUUAUUGGGGCCCGUAAACCUCAUUUUGACAUCUGGGGAAAUACUGUGAACGUGGCCAGUCGCAUGGAGUCCACUGGGGUAAUGGGGAACAUCCAGGUGGUGGAGGACUGCUACUGCAUCCUGAAGGACUAUGGCUUCCGUUUUGUGAGGAGAGGACCCAUAUUUGUAAAGGGGAAAGGAGAGCUGCUCACCUAUUUCUUAAAGGGACGUGAAAAACAAGGCUCCUUCAUAAACGGCUCAUUCGUCACCCUGCCGCACCAAGUGGUGGACAGCUCAUGACCAACACAC